AUGCCCCAUAUUUAUACUAAAGAAAGAGAAAGAAUGAAAGCGGUGACUCUUGAGGAGGAGAAAAAAGAAUUAUGGCUAAAAAACUAUCGGGAUCUGCUGCGGUUUGCCAUCACAUCCGGUCAUAUUUCUACGGUCAGGAUACUUCUACAAAUAAAUUUCAGUAUCAGCAAACCGUUACAAGACUACGUAAACCAAAGAGGCUUGCUGUUGGCAGUUAAGGGUGGUCAUAUUGCGAUUGUCAAGCUUCUCCUCGAAGCGGGAGUCGACGUUAAUGCCAAAUCUGCAACCGAUCUUUCAACAGCCUUACAGGCGGCAAUUGAGCGUGGCCAUAUGGACAUAGUCAAGCUUCUGCAUGAAGCUGAAGCCGGCAUUAAUGCUGGUCAAGUCGAGACCAGACGAGAGACAAAAACGCAGGCGGAGAUCAUUGAACAGAGAUUUGAAGAAUUCAUAGAGAAAAUGGGGGUAGAGUGA